CCAGGGGCCGUCGGGUGCGGGAUUCGCGCGACACCCGCACCAUGAGACCCGAGGCGGCCGGAGCCCGGGAGGCACGGGGACGCCUCUGCCACUGUCCAGGGGAUGAUCCCGGGAGGCCACCGCUACCACGCGGGCCCGAAAGUUCCAUUCCAGCCCCGUGGAGACCAUGGACUUCGCCGCCCAGAGGAGAUGCUGAACUGACCAGAACUGAACCUCGGUGUGAGCCUUGGGGGGACCAACACACUUUGGGAUCAAAGGGAGCCUUUGGAUUCCGGCAUCCUGUCAGACUUUACUUACCCAUUUCAAAGCGUCAAGAAUACCUGAAGAGUUCUGGGGAAAAAGUGCUGGCCAGCUUCCCAGUGCAAGCCACCAUUCAUUUCUACAACGAUGACUCUGAGUCUGGCUCUGAGGAGGAGCAAGAGGAGGAGGCCCAGUCCAACUACCUUCAGUGCCUGGAGGCAGAAGUCAGGGAAUCUGCUCAGGAGGAAAGGGCAGAGUAAGGCUGGCAAGCCUGUAGGACAAAGGAGUGGCCUCUGGGAAGGUCAGCUGCCUGCAGGGGACACUGCAGGGGACAGUGAGAGCUCUGGCAAAUGAAGAGAGCCUCUCUCGUGCAGGUCACUGAGUUCCAGGGACAGCUUUGCCUGCCAGGGCUCAGCAUCUUUUCCUGACUCCUGUGUGGGAAAUUCAGAGGCUGGACUGCACUCCACCCCUGCUCAGGCCAGGAACUCCACUUUUACUCUUAUUUUCCUGAUGUGUGUGUCUGUCUGUGUGACUGACUGUAUGUCUGACUAUGUGAAUGACUAUGUCUGUCUGUAUGUCUGACUAUGUCUGUCUGUGUGUCUGUCUGUGUAACUGUAUGUCCGACUGUGUGACUGACCGUAUGUCUAUCUGUGUGUCUGACUGUGUGACUAUGCCUGUCUGUGUCUGACUGUGUGACUACUAUGUCUGUCUAUGUCCCUGACUGUGAGACUGACUAUGUCUGACUGUGUGACUAUGUCUGUCUAUGUGCCUGACUGUGUGACUAUGUCUGACUGUGUGACUAUGUCUGACUGUGUGACUAUGUCUGUGUGUCCGACUGUGUGUCUGACUGUGUGUCCGACUGUAUAUCUGUGUGUGCCCACACAUGUGCUCAUGCAUACUUUUGAGGAAGGGUGCCUGAUGAGAAGAUAUUCUCAGGAAGAAGGCCUUUGGAGCUCACUGCCGCUCUGAAAAUUACUCUACCGUAAGCCUCGCCACCCCUCUCUUGCCCAGAGACCCAUUAUCUAGUGAUUCUCCCUUUGUAAAAAUAAUUUAGAUAUUAACUCCCAUUUUAAGAGUUCAUUUGGUUGCUCAGUAGCUGUUUGAAAAAUUAUUUUUACUUGCAAAAAAAACCCCAAAAUUAAAAUACUGAAUAAUUUUCACAGGAAUAAGAAGUAAGAAGGUGUGAUCUCUUUAGGGGAUAAAAUAGCUGUUUCUGAGAAUGGAGAGCUGUGUGUUUAAGUAUACAUGCCGUAAGGGGUUAAUUUUUAUUACUUGGUGACCAGCAUGGUCUUGUUAUUUGCAUGAAAUGACACUGUUUUUAAUUAAAGUUUCUUAUGUAAGAUUAUUUUGAAUUUUAUCGUUCUAAUAAUCCAAGGGCUCUGCUCCUCAGGGCUCUCCCUAAUUUUCUUUUUGGAAUCUGUCUUCCCAUAUACACCACCCUGUGUGAAUUUUUACUUGGAAUAAAAUAUUUUGAAAGAA